AUGACAUGUGGACAAGGACGUAUCUCUUUGUAUUCGGCCAAGGUAAAUAGUACUUCUGAUAUUCAACAGGCCGUUCGGUUUGCUCGAGACCAUAACUUGCGACUCGCCAUAAAGAAUACUGGCCAUGAUUUCCUUGGGCGUUCGACAGCCCCAGAAUCUUUACAGAUCCUCACACAUGACAUGAAACAUAUCGAAUUGGUGGAUAACUUUGUCCCAAGUGGAGCACCAAAGAACAAGAACGAAGGCUCAGCGGUCCAUCUCGCGGCUGGAGUACAAUUGCCCGAGCUAUAUGCUGCAGUUGGGCGCCACAACCGCACGGUAAUCGCCGGAUCAAGCCAUAGUGUCGGUGCAGCUGGCGGAUAUAUUCAGGGAGGAGGACACUCACCUUUUGGGGCCUGGAAAGGAUUGGCCUCAGACAACGCGUUGGAAUUUGAAUUGGUGGUCGCGAACGGAAGCCUGGUGACUGCCAACAUGUAUCAGAAUACCGAUCUCUUCUGGGCCUUGCGUGGCGGCGGCGGCGGUACCUUUGGCGUGGUCACCAGAGCUACAAUUAGGACCUUCCCCGAUGUGCCGGUGGUCGUCUAUAAUCUGAACGUGACAGCUCCCGCUAACAAUCCCCAAUUCUGGGAUGCUUGGGAGAAAUGGCAUGCCGCCCUCCCCUUUCUAAACGCUGCCGGAGGCUCAGGCUACUACUUCACCUUGCCCAAUCUGCCAUUGAGUCCAAAUACGAGUGUCUCCACUAUGUACUCUCUCCUCAUGUUUCCAGAGAAGACCAACGCCACCGAAAUUCACCAGCUUUAUCUGCCACUCCUUUCGGAAUUGCAGAAAAUAGUAGGCGUGACAACUGAGAAGGUGGCAAUUCCUUUGCCAAGCAUCAAGUCCACGGUAUUUGGCGUUCUCUUGGAUGGCCCACCUCAUGACAGCACAGGAGGCAUCUCUAUGCUCGCAUCCCGCCUUUAUUCAAAGGACCUUCUGCUGUCUAAAGAUGGCCCAGCUCGACUGACAAGCGCCUGGAAGAGUAUUGGAUGGGCCCCAGGUUCAACGAUCGUGGGCCACGUUGUCGCUGGCGGGGCUGUUGCGGCCAACGGCGAGAAAAUCGACAGUGCUGUGAACCCGGCGUGGAGAAAAACAGUGACGCACUUACUUUUUGGCAGAAGCUGGGAUGCCACUGCGACUCUGGCGGAGCAGACAGUCAUUAUCAGGAAUAUGACCGCAGUACAGAUUCCCAUUCUGCGGUCUGUCGAGGGAGAAGACCAUAUGGGGGCCUAUCUGAACGAGGCGAAUGCAUAUGAGCCAGGGUUCCAGAAAUCAUUCUGGGGCGACAACUAUUCCCGUUUGUACAGUAUUAAGCAGAAAUGGGAUCCCAGUGGGCUGUUUAUAGCUCGCAAAGGAGUGGGUAGCGAGUACUGGGACGAUGCGGGCUUGUGUAUGAUUGAGAGGCACAGUAGCUCUCCAGUCAGUGAAGAACCUCGGGAACGGCCGUUGGGAUUUUAG